GAAUAACUACUCAUAGUCUUUUUAUUUCUCUCUGUGUAUGAUCUCUCUCGUCUAACUUCAAAGAAGCAAAAAAAUGAGAAAGAACGUAAGUAGUAGUGGUGAAGAAGGAAACAAUGAGUACAAGAAAGGUUUGUGGACCGUAGAAGAAGACAAGAUCCUUAUGGAUUAUGUCAAAGCUCAUGGCAAAGGCCACUGGAAUCGUAUUGCCAAAAAAACUGGUUUAAAGAGAUGUGGAAAGAGUUGUAGAUUGAGAUGGAUGAACUAUCUCAGCCCAAAUGUGAAAAGGGGCAAUUUCACCGAUCAAGAAGAAGAUCUUAUCAUUAGGCUCCACAAGCUGCUUGGCAAUAGGUGGUCUUUGAUUGCUAAAAGAGUGCCGGGUCGGACAGACAAUCAAGUGAAGAAUUACUGGAACACGCAUCUUAGUAAGAAACUCGGAAUCAAAGAUCCCAAAAACAAGCCGAGCAAUGGUGAUAUUGUUUAUCAGAUCAAUCUCACAAAUCCUACCGAAACAAUGGAAGAAACAAAAAUAUCGAAUAUUAACGACAACGAUGAAAUUCAAGAAGAUCGUCACGGAAGUAACUAUCUGAGUUCACUUUGGGUUCAUGAUGAUGCGUUUGAACUAAGUACACUCACCAACAUGAUGGACUUUCUAGACGGACACUGCUUUUGAUGUUUCUUUUUUCGAAUUGUUUUUUUUUCGUCUUGUUAUCUCGUAGCUGAUCAAACACUAAUACAUCAACGAUCUUAAGCUAAAAGUUGUUGAUGUGGUAGUGUAUGAUUGGCUAAGUCUUUUAAUUAGGUUAACUUUCUUGGGUUUUAUAUAUAUGCUUGAAACUCGAUGCAUCAAUAUAUCUUAUGUCUGUUUCUUC